AUGAAGAAGGCUGCAUCAGUGGUGUGCAGAGUUGACGAUACCGGGGAAACUCCAGAGAGCUCCAAGCUGGACACCUCCCUUGCCUUCAAAGUUUCGCCGGACAUGACUCGGCUGAAUUUGUGCGAUGGCAUGUGGGUCGGACCGUCGUCGCAGCUCGAUCGAGUGUAUGGGAGCAGUGUCACAUCCUUUCAGGUGUUCCGGGAGGCGAUCUACCCUCUCGUCGACGCUGUGACGAGAGGAGAGAGCAGUGUCGUCGUCUUGCUCGGGGGGCAGCACAGCGGCAAGAGGAGGUUCCUCCUGGGGGACGAGGCGCUCGGGCACAAGGUAGCAAGCAGGAAGAAGUUCCCAGGGGCGAUGUCGCUGGUUGUGGAGAUGCUGUACGAGCACAUCCGGCACGUGUCGUCAGCGAGCCACAGGUUCCAGCUGUCGACAGGAGUAUGCGAGGUCCUCGAUACCAAGAAAGGACGAAUCAUCGACCUGGUCCGAGACUGCAAGUUGUCUGGGUUCGGCCUGGAUGGGGAAGAUGGCGCGACAGACGGCAAGGGCAACAAGCACAGGAAGUCCCCGACCGUAGAGCUGGGGAGCACGACCGACGUUCUCUUCGAGAAUGCGAAGAUGGUGGUGGAGGACUUCAAGAGGCCGAACUCAGGGCAGAAGCUCAAGUCUAAGAGGCCUACCUGUCAAGCUCACGACCAUCUCACGAGGAAAGACGCUGCUCGCAAUGGCAACGGCGUCGUUCCUUUCCGCAUGGCAAAGAUGGUGAUGGUGGUGGUCGGAGAUGAAGUGACAGGGAGAGAACUCUGGCCGUCAGCAUUGCAGACCGUCUUGGCUGAGAUUGCAGAAGGAGUUCCGUUCGUCUCAUGGGAGAGCAGCCUGCUGACGCAGGUGCUAAAAGACUCCAUCCUGGGGAAGAUCAACUCAAAAUUUAUCUUCUCGCUCUCACAACGCGAGGGAGUCGAAGGAGCAGCGUCCUCUCUCCAACUGGCCAAGAGAGUCUUCGAGGUCACCAGGGAAGAUUUCACAGGAGGGGCGAAAGCGACGAGGAUGGAGGAGAAGACCGCAGAUCAGCUCUUGAAGCCAUCGAGCAUCCUGGGGGAGCAGCAGCAGCAGCAGCAGCAGCAGUCGAAGCAGCAACAGCAGUCGAAGCAGCAACAGCAGUCGAAGCAGCAACAGCAGGAGUUUUUCCAGACGAAGUACAAGGUCAGUGAGAGGCCCAGGAGCGCGACAACUUACGAAGAGGAGGAGAAGUUCGAACAGGUCAGCAUUUCAAGAGAAUGCAACACCAAAGCUCCUGGACAGCGACUUGACUCGCGGUCCCUCAAGACUUACAAGGGCUGCCAGCACAGGGACAAGAAUGCUGUUCCCAGUGGGUUUGCGAUGGACAAGGAGCGCGGGGACGUGGAUGGCGAAGGGCAGACAUGCGCAGAAGCAUGGAAGAGCUCGAGCCUGACGCAAGACAGUGAGAUCAAGGCUCUGCGGGAGUACUUGAAGAAGGCGCUGGAGGACCGAAGAGCGGCGCUGGAGGAGAGGGAUCGGAUGAAGGAGCAGGUGGAGAAGAAGGCGGCCAAGAUCAAGGCAGCAGGCAAGGACAAGAAGGACCUGAAACGGUCCCUACAGACCAACAAGUUCCUGAACCUCCGACGGACGUACGAGAGGGCUCAGGCGGAGAAAGAGCAGCUUGACUGCGAGCAGCAAAUCGAGGGAUUGAAGUCCCAGCAUGCUAAGGAGAGAACCAAGUUCGAGGCGAGAAUCGCUACUCUCACCAAGGAAAACGCUUGUCUCAAGGAGUGGACGGAGGGACUCGUCUCGGAGCUCAAGGCAGCCCACAGGAGGGUCGAGGAGCUGGAGGCUACUGCGCAGUCUCGCACAAGGCCGAUGGAAGAGCGAAGAGAGCUGGGGGGAUCAUCAAGGUCGGACAUGCAGAGGCUGGUGAAGGAGCUCAUCGAACAGAACUCUGCUCUCCGCUUGAAGUGCGAAGUCUAUGAAGAAGAGAUCGCUGAUCUCAAGACGGAGAUGAAUCUGAGGAGGAAGCAGCAAGACUCCAAGUAUGGGGGCGACGCCCUCGCCUCCCUUCAGGCCCUCCGCGCUUCACUUCCUUCCUAUCAGGCCAGUGACUUGACCAAGGUAGAGGAGGAGGACGAGGAGGACUUUGAAUCCGAAUUGUAUCGAUAG